UUCAAAACAAAAUCGAUCAAAAUCUCUCCAUAUUCCAUCAUAGUUCCUUCCAUUUCCUAAUCAAUUUCUAAUCGAUCGAUCAACUUCUAAUCUACCAAUGCCGAGCCGAUUCCCGGGAGCCAUAUCUCAAGAUUGGGAGCCUGUAGUGCUCCACAAGUCCAAGCCAAAGGCGCAGGACCUUCGCGAUCCAAAGGCCGUGAACCAAGCGAUUCGAUCCGGCGCGCCCGUCCUGACCGUGAAGAAGUUCGACGCCGGUUCGAACAAGAAAGCCACAGCAGCGCCGGUGAACGCGAGAAAGCUCGAGGAAGGAACCGAGCCGGCGGCGCUCGACCGGGUACCGACGGAGGUGAGGCAUGCCAUUCAGAAGGCGCGGCUGGAGAAGAAGAUGAGCCAAGCGGAACUUGGGAAGCAGAUUAACGAGAGGACUCAGGUGGUGCAGGAGUAUGAGAAUGGAAAGGCUGUGCCGAAUCAGGCCGUUUUGGCUAAGAUGGAGAAGGUCUUGGGCGUCAAGCUUCGAGGCAAAUCUGGAAAGUAAUUUCGGAAGCUGUACCAAUGGCGGUUUCAUGUAAUUAAAAUGGACCGUUAGUUUAGGUUUUGUUGUUUGGUGACGGUGAUCCGUUUGGGAUGAUUAGGAGAAAAUUGGGCUGAGAUGGGAAAUGGGCUUUUUAUUUGUAAUAAUUUACAUUUAAAAUGCUUUUUAUGUCGGAGAACCCAAUGUAUAAUAUUAUCUACUUUGCAUA